CAUUCCCGGACAAAAGUAUAAUGCAAAACGUGUGAUAUAAGAAUUAAUUCAUAGAGGCGGAUCCGGAAUCAGUAUCGUAUUGUAAUUUCAAGCACCCUAUGUUUUACAUCUAACCUCCAAUUACAAAAUAAUUUUUUAUAUUUUUUUUUAUUGAAUUAUAUUUCAUUUAUUUAUUUAUCUCUAUGCCUAGAAUUUAUUUUCGAUCUCAAUACAGAUAUAUUUUAUAUUUAAGAAAUACAUUGUACUGAAAAAGUAUUAUGUGCGAUAGAUACUAGUGGUACAGUCGUUUAAGUUUUUCAUUUAUGUGACACAGAAUCGCACACACGUUAAAGCGCAAAUACGUAAAUGUCAAUCAUAUGGCUAAGUAGAUCAAUGUAGUUAUGUGACCGGGCGUAAUUAAACAAUUUAAAAUAAGAAAAAUUUGUCAUUAAAAUUCGAAAUUAUUAUUAGUAUAUGUACUUACAAUGGAAGGCCACCAGGUAAGAGCGUUAUACGAUUUCACAGGAGAACCAGGAACAUCAGAGUUGUCUAUUACAGCAGGAGAAAUAUUGUCUGUUAUGAGAGAUAAUGUGGGUGAUGGAUGGUGUGAAGGUUUUAAUCAGAGUGGAAAAUCUGGAUUGUUUCCAGCAGCAUAUGUUCAAAUUAUUGAACCUUCAACAUCUGUUCCUAAUGCCAUGACAUCAUCCCAACAGAGUUCCGGAGAUUAUUGGGAUGAUGAUUGGGAUGAUGAUUCUGAAGUUGGUCAAACACAAGCAUACAUUCCUCAACAACAACAACAACAACAACAACAGCAACAUAUAUUACAACUAUCACAGCAUCAUAGUGUUGAUUAUGGAGAUUUAGUUUCUAUACAAACUAUUCAUUCUGUGAUACCUGAAAGGCCUAUACCUAAUAUACCAAAGAAAAAUAAUAAAUUUUCUACAUUAAUAAAAUCUGGAGAAGAUAGCUUUUUAUUAGGAAUGAAAGUAGCAAAUGUUCCUGAAAAUGAAAAAAUAUAUAUUGAUGAAAGUGAAAAUGGACGUCAUAGAUGGGUUUCAAGAGGAGAACUUUAUAGUUGUGUAGUUACAUCUCCCAAAAAAGAAUCUAAACUCAAGGGUCUUAAGAGUUUUAUAGUUUAUCAACUUACACCAACGUUUAACAAUAUUCAAGUUUCAAGAAGAUAUAAACAUUUUGAUUGGUUACAUGAACGUUUGGAAGAAAAAUAUUGCUUUAUUCCUAUUCCACCAUUACCAGAUAAACAAAUAUCUGGAAGAUAUGAAGAACAAUUUAUUGAACAUAGACGUACACAACUGCAGGAAUUUGUUGAUUAUGUUUGUAGACAUCCUGUGUUAGCGCGUAGUCGCGUCUGGGAACAUUUUAUAACAUGUACAGAUGAGAAAAGAUGGAAGGCUGGUAAAAGACAAGCAGAAAAAGAUGAAUUGUUAGGUGUAAAUUAUUUUAAUGCUAUCCAAUGCCCUGAAACAACUUUAGAUGUUAUAAAAGUAGAAAUUCAAACAGAUACUUUUAGUAGAUUUAUAAGUGGAUUAGAUCCAGUAGUUAAAAAUUUUAUGGCUAUGGCUGUUGAUCAAACAAAAAAAAACCAAGUUCUAUAUAAAAGAGAAUUUCAGAAAAUUGGUCAAAGUUUUAAUGCAUUAAGCCAUGCAUUAGAAGGAGAUGACAGUAGUCGAGGAAGAUUAACUUAUGCGUUAAAAGUGACAGGAGAUGCUUAUAAUGAUAUAGGCAAGUUAUAUGAAGAACAACCUAAAUUUGAUUGGGAACCUCUUGCUGAUAAAUUUCAUAUUUAUAAAGGAAUUAUCAGUAGUUUUCCAGAUGUAAUUAGUAUACAUAAGACUGCUGUUCAAAAACGAAAAGAUUAUGAAAAAUUAGUAAGCGAACACAAAAUGGAGCCGCAACAAUUACGAGAUCUGUCUCAUCGAACAGAUGUAAUUGCACGUGCUCUUCUCGCCGAAGAAAUGCAUUUUCAAACAGAACAAGAGAUUUAUUUAACUCAAACAAUGAAAACACAUCUCACAGAGCAAAUUAAUUUUUAUCAAAAAAUUGUAGAUAAAUUACGGGAAGCAUUAAAUGCAUAUGAAGGGUAAAAUUUAUAUCUAAUUUAAUACGAAGUUAUGUAUUCAUUGAAGCAAUAUUAAGGAAUUUUUUAUGUAGCAAGAUAUUUAUGAUAACUAUUUGUUUACAGAAACUUUUAUAUAUAAGCUAUAUAAUCUGAAAAACAUUCGAUUUUUGUUUUGAUUUCAAGACUAUUUUUUAUUAAUAAAAAUAUAACAGUAUUAAUAAAAGUAUAACAGAUUGUUCAUAUCCAAAUCAAUUUGUUGUUACUAAAGAUGAAAUCAGUAGAAAAUUUGCUCCUUGCAACUGCAACAUUUAUUAUUAGAAAAAAA